AUGACGAGGGCCCGCUCCUCGCUCAGCUCGAUCCCGAGCCUCCUCCACCGACGCAUGCCCAGCAGAUCUAGAGACGGUGAAUCCACAUUAUCAUCCACGCCCUCCGAACCACCCGCGCCCACGCCGCAAAUCGAGCGCCUCCGGCACCGGCACACCACGAGCACAGGCUACGAGCGCAGUCCGUAUCUACCCAGAGUCCAAGUCCCUUCCCCGGAGCUGGACCUCAGCUUCGAGGAGCUCGCGGGCAGCACGAGCAACGCAUCUUCUGACUCGCCGUUGCCGCGGCUGAGUUCAGCCAGGCGGGAUGGCCGAGCGUCAUCCAUGCUGCCGUCCUUCAGACCGGACAGGGGCCUCAGAAACAUGACGAACUCGCUACGCCGCCGCAGGUCGCCCAUACGAAGAGAGGAGGACCAGGCAGCCAUGCUAUCGCGGCUGUUGUCGGUCGCAGCAGCAGCUACGGCAGCCUCGCUGAUGGGCGACGACCACCGAGCCGUUUCCGAAGCACGCAACGUUGCGGGUGAUGGUGAAGACGGCACUUUUGACAGUUUCCUACAGGCGCUGCAGAACGGGAGGAUCGCCUCAGCCUUGAGACAGAGUGGUAACAGCAACGGAAACGAGGAGGGCACAGACACCCCAGGUGGAAACACCCAGCCGCUCAACUUCUUCAGGAUGUUUAGGUUCGGGUCGUCGCAUGGAAAUGAACAUUUGGACGCGGACACGGUAGACCGAGAUGGCCGGGCUGAGAACAAUGGCGAAGAAGACGAAGGAGAUGGUAGGAUGGUGCCCAUUAUCAUCGUUGGUAUUCGGUCUAUCAACCCGGGCAGUGGCACCGAGCGCGAUGACAACAUCCCGCCCUUCCUCGACGCCUUGUCUAGUUUUCCCACGCCUGCUACGUCGCCCGGAGAAGAACCUAUGGAAGGCUGGACUCGCCAACCUCCCAACACUACGAGGUUUAGCCACCGGCGUAGGGCAUCUAUGGGCGGCAUGAACAACUUUUCGUCCAGCUACGACAACCAAAGAUACCGUUCGGCGCGACCACGCCCGUGGUCUACUAUGAGCGACUCCCCAGCUGGUCCUCUCCCACCUCCCUCCACACCAGCGAGUGCCGGCCUGUCUGCUGUCUCCUCCGGCGCGACUACUCCGACAUUCACAGCUUCACCACCCUCUCCGGCCAUUCCAUCCUCAGCAUCGUCCCGUCGCGGAAGCUUCAUUCGCCGCCCAACUGCGUCAGGUCUAGAACCUACUACCGAAGAGCCGACAGCUCACCGACGUACUCCUCGCCAGCGCCGACUGAGUGAGUCUGACUUCACCAGAUUUGGGUCCGGCUCGUCCCGUCGGAACGGUGUUGUCGAACCCGACAACAACCCCGGAGAGGGCUCAAGAAGCUGGAUUAUCUAUGUUCUCGGUGGUAGCUACCCCGAGAACCACCCUAUCCUCACAACACCUAGUCUUUUUACAGAUUCUCCCACCUACGAAGACAUGCUCCUUCUCUCCACUUUGCUGGGACCCGCGAAACCGCCCGUAGCAAGCGAGGAAGAUGUUGCAGCGGCACCAGGACUUCACGUGAUACGGACGUACGAUAACGGAAGGUUGGUCGCAGAGGCCGAGGGAGGACCCCCUCACAUCGACUUGAUGGCAGAGGCACGCUGCUUGGUUUGCUUGUGUGAAUUUGAGGCCGACGAGGAAGCUCGAAAGCUGAUCAAGUGCGGGCACCUGUUCCACAGGGCUUGCAUCGAUCAGCAGUGGCUGAUCACCGGCCGCAACUCUUGCCCCCUCUGCAGAGCUCCCGGUGUCGACGAA